UAGAGACUUGGGAAUGGGGAAAGACCUGAUAAGUGUAUGUAUACUCACACUUGUCUGCUGGAGACAGGGAACUCCUCAACGGCCACUCCAAACACAACUGCACAUCUUCAUUCCAUGCUGGGGUUUCUACACGAGUCAGUGAAAAAGGCUGUAUAUGGAAAGACAGAGAGAGAUAGAGAAAGAAAAGUGUUCGGCAAAUAUCUGAUAUGGAGGAGAAUGAGAAAAUGGUUGGUUGGGAAAACCUGAUGUCAUAAGUAGAAGAAAGAAAGUCACACAUCUGGGAUGGCAUGAGGCACAGGAGAAGCGUUUGACGUCAUACAGCGCUCAUCACAGCCAUGCGGAACUCAACACUGUUGACGAUACUGGCAGCUGUGCUGCUGUAUUUGGUGUUGGGGGCUCUGGUAUUCGGCUGGCUGGAGUCCUACAAGGAGGAAUGUGCCCACCGCGAACUACUAACCUCUCAAAUGGCUUUCCUACAGAACCACAGCUGUGUCACUGAUUACAGCCUGAGAGAGUUCACACAGAAAGUGGUUGAUGCAAUUGAGGCAGGUGUGGAUCCCAGAAACACGUCAAAUUUCAGCAGCAGAUGGGAUCUCUCCAACGCUUUCUUCUUCUGUGGGACCAUCAUCACCACCAUCGGAUUUGGAAACAUCUCUCCUAAGACCAAAGGUGGUCAGUUGUUCUGUAUAUUUUAUGCUCUGGUGGGGAUCCCCAUGUUUGGCAUACUGUUAGCAGGGGUCGGGGACCACCUGGGGACGCUGCUGCGAAGAGCAGUGGCAAAGAUAGAGACUCUGUUCCUGCGCAAGGGUGUGAAGCCCACCAGUGUUCGUAUAAUCUCUGCUGUCUUCUCCAUCCUGAUUGGCUGCUUAAUCUUCAUUGCUCUGCCGACCAUGGUGUUUCAGGAAGUAGAGAGCUGGAGUCUAUUGGAAGCAGGAUACUUUGUAGUGAUCACCCUGACAACGGUGGGCUUCGGGGACUAUGUGGCAGAGAACAGGAGAGAUGGCAUGCCCCUGUACAAGCCGUUGGUGUGGUUGUGGAUAGUGUUUGGUCUGGCGUACUUUGCGUCCAUCCUUACUAUGAUUGGGAACUGGCUCAGAGUGCUAUCCAAGAAGACACGUGCAGAGAUGGAGGAGCUGAGAGCUCAUGCCACAGACUGGACCCAAAACAUCCAGAACAUGUCCAUGGACUUCCGUAUUCCUGUACCGUUGGAUCUCAACGACCCUUUUCAGCUUCAACGCCGACGCAGAAAAAAGCGCCACCGCCAUCACCGCCACCCAAGGCUGAGCACGGCUGGUCUGGCUCAUGGCAUCUCCCUAGAUGCCAUUGCAAUUCGAGAGAAUGGACAUCUGCUUGUCGGCUGGCCUGAAUCCAAGUAUAAUCCAGCAUCUGAUAUCCGGUCUGAAGCGAUGUCCCAGUCCAGGUCAUGGUCCAGAUUAGACGGGAGGUAUGAGAGGAGACAACGAUCAAGGUUAACAGCAGGAUCUGCGUCUAGAUCCAUCUCACGGUUAGAUCUGAAACCACCGUCAAGACCUGCGUCCAGAGGCAUCUGCAGGUCUCCUUCAGGAUCAAGAUCAGGAUCAGUCUCCGGAUCCGAGACACCUUCGAAAUCCUGGUCGGACUCCGAGUCAAAUUCACAUAACUCAGAGGAGAUGGAAUCUGGAGCCGGGUCACACAGGUCACUGGGAGGUGGGAAGGAUGUUCCCGUCGUCAUAGUUGCCAGCUGUACUUCGCCCCGCCCCUCCCUGCUGGACUUCUUUGGUGAGAACCUGGCGUACAUUGAUGAGUCAUCAGACACUCUUAGCGAUCGAGUCAAACCAGCAGGAUCGAACCGUCCUCACAAGCCAAAGAGGAGGAGUAUGAGGAGGCAGAUCUCGCACUUGCAUCCUACUGGGCUACAGAGGGAGAUCAGUAGUGAACUACAACCCAGAUCACACCCUCCAACACCUCCACCUAAUAACUGAUAGAAAUCAGCAUGCGACCAAGGAUUUUUAGUAUUCCGAAGCUAAUUCACAAUAGGGCUAGGCGAUAAAUUGCAUGAUAUAACCUAAUAUUUAAUUUUGCUGACGAUAUAAAAUUAUGCAAUGUUGUGAAUAUCACCAUGAUUUUAAUGUGCUUUUUAUUUGUCCAUUAAGUUUCAUAAAGAGCAUAUCAUUAGACUAAUUUCACAAUCCUUCAGGGCUGCACAAUUAAUCAAAAUAAUGCCAAAAUGGCGAUAUGGUCAUAUGUGAUUAUUAAACUGCAAAAGACUGUGAUCAAAGAUGGAUAAACAUGGUCUGUGUGUGCUUCAGAAUAAACGUGUUACGUGCUGUUCUGUGCACGUGCGGGUUCAUGGGCUCGUGUUUUUAGCGCUUUUAGAGCAGUUCACUUGCAUCGUGAAAGAGCAUUUGCACAAUUUCAAACAUUAGUUACCGCUACAAGUUAUAAUACAAAUCUACAAACAUGACACAUUAAAACAGAUAAGGAGUAGAUGACAUUGUUUCACCAGAUGCGGAACAUUGUAAACUACACACUGCACUUUCAGUGUCAAAAUAAAAGCUCCAGCUGAAGGUGAAGUUAAUAGGAUAGAAAUAUAUUACUUUUAUAUAAAAACAAAUCUGAUCCUCAAAAUAAUAAUGAUAAUGUAGUAUUAUAUUUCAAUAAUGAAGUGAAUAAGUGAAGUAGCUUUUGCACACCUUGUUCAUGAACAAAAAAUUGUUUUAAUAAAAAUAUUUGAAGGUUAAUAAUGCUUUUUAUUAAGUUACUAUGUAUAAUUGUAUAUAAAAUAUAAAUAAAAAAAGCUUAAAUCUCAAAGUUAAAUCUCAUUCUCCCUUGUGUUAAUUUAGUGAAAAACUGUGGGAAACAUGCCUUCAUUAUUUUUAAAUAGAUUUUAUUCAAUGCCUUAAAAACAUUUAAUCUACUUUUGGCGACAUAUACAUUAUACGGUAUAUCAGAAUAGUCAAUACUGAGAUAAGAUAUUUGUAGCCAUUUCGCCCAGCCCUAUUUCACAAUACUACAUAACAGUUUUAAGAUGCCAAAUAAAGAUUAAAAGCAGACCAUCACAGACAUGCAUGUAAAUAUAAAUGAAAAUUAUUUGUGUGAUGUCAAGGCCUUUAAACAAAAACAAAGCAUGCAUCCAUGAAAAACAUAUAGAGAGCUUAUAAGACCUUACACCAUUUGUUGAUUUAUUUUAAGAUUUGUUGGGUCAAUGCGCUCAUCUGUUCAUAUUUAACAAUAAAAUUCACCGUAUAUUGUACAAAGUAAAACCCAUUAAAAAGCAGUAUUCUGUAUUCUGUUACAGUUUUAUGGUGUGAUAAAUAGCUCCAAAUGAUUCAGUCCAUGCAGAUUCAGAGAGAAUCAUGAACCAAUUCACACAGUUCUGCCACCGGUUUGAGCAAUUCAUUGAGAAGAACCAACUCAAAAGAAUGAUUCAUUCACGCAUAGGGCAUCGCUAGUUCUGAUUCUAAACAGGCGGCAGGCAGCUGUGGUAACUAAUAUUUUUAAACUAGUUCCAGGGUAAUAUAACACAAAGCAUAAUGUUAUACAUUUACAAUAAAUAAUUUAAUAAUUGCAAUUUUUGUUUUAAUUAGAUUUACGCUGCUAAAUAAGGCGAAAACGCGUCAUCACAGUCUGUGAAAAGGGUCCAUUCUCCUAAUGUGUAUAACUUUAUGAAUGAUACAUAAUUUCCAGUUUAAAUUUUGUGAGAUUUACUGUAAGCAAAUGGGAGGCAUUUUUGUAUUUCAGAUACAUCUGUUUAUUAAAAUUCCAUGUCAUUUGUGUGCCAGAUAUGUUAUAAUUUCACUGCUAAAGAAUACAAAAACAUAUUUUGGGCAUUUAGUGAUAUUUCUGUUUAUGUGACUUUCCUUUGCAAUUGCUCAAGUCAUUUUUAUGUAUUUUCAUAGCACUUUUCACAAAACACAUUUUCAAAGCAGCUUUACAAAAAAUAAUGCUGUAAAAGAAAUUGAUGCUGUAAUGUCUUAAAGUCCUCAUUGAGAAGUUUGAAUGAAAAAUGUGAUUGAAAAUUAUACUUAAAAAUUAUUUGUCUUUAGGCACCCAGUGAGCAAGCCAAAGGCAACUUUGGCAAGGAACACAAAACUCGUUAGUUAAUGGAGAAUAAAAAAACCUUGAGAGAAACCAGGCUCAGCUGGGGGAGCCAAUUCCCUUCUGGCUAUACAGCAUAAAUAUAAUGCCAAUAUUAGUUAUCUAUGAGUAAUAAAAGUAAUGUAUUACUUGAGUAAACCGAGGAGAUGUUAGUGGGCAAUGUUUAAAACUAAAGGAUAUUGAUUGAACUUUAAGAUGAAUGAUUAUGUGUCUUUGAAGUCCAUCCCGAUUUGACUGUGGAAGCGCAUGUACUCUAGAUGCAAAUGAUGCAAGCAGAGGUCAUUGAAAUGUGUUGUUGUAUGGUUGUAGUUGGCAGUAGUUCAUCCUCUGUGAAGUCCAUUGUAAUAGACUGAAGUGAUGCAGACAGUGAUCAUCGAAGCACCCCUCGCUGUCUGGUUGGCACAGACUGCAGUUAGUAGUCAUCGCUCAGCGACACAAAGCAGUGGGAGUGGGACUUUGGGCUGGAACGGUGCUGGAUCUGGCAGGCUCUGGAUUGAGAUGGAAACAAAAAAAAUUAUAUUAGCAUAGAUGCCAUUCACUUUAAAGCAGAGUUAGAGAAUAUGAGGUGUUUUCGGUUCUGGUAGACCUGUAUAAUGCAGCAUAACUACUGGUUGAGGGAUAAAUUAGAUGUAUGUCUGGCUAAAGUGUUGAGUCUUUAGUCUAGAAUUAAACUGAGAGAGAGUGUCUGAGUCCUGAACAAUGAUAGGGCCUAAAUUCUGACUGAAAUUCCUCACAGAUGCCAUUUCUCUGGAUUUGUUUUUUUUUUUUUUUUUUUUUUUUUACAUAGUUGGGAGGACACUAUUUUUUUCUAGUAUUUAAGACAUCAAUGGGAGAUUUAUUUGCCAACUCUCCAGGAUCAAGCUGUGGUUUCUUGAUUAGCGGUUUGAUAACUGCCAGCUUGAAAGUUCUGGGUACUAAAUAUAGUUAGAUACACUAUCUUUCCAUGCACAGACAAUCAGCUCUAAUUUUGUAAUUUUUCACUUGCGUUCCAUUUUCUGAGCUGCUCUCUUGAGGGCAUGAGUAUGAUUAUUGUAUCAUGGUGUGGGGCUAAGCCCAAAAUGCAAGAGAUGAGGAAAUGAUCUGAGAUGUCAUCAGUCUGAGGCAGAAUUGCUGUAUUAUCAACAUUAACUCCAUAAGACCAAAAUAAAUCUA